AUGAAUAACGUUUGAUCUUAUUACCUCAAUAAAGUAAAAUAAAUUUGUAAAGCAAAAUGUAUCCUCAAAGUUCACAAAAAAAAUACUGGACUUUUAAAAGUGAGCAGGAACUGGCAGACUUGAGAGUGAAACAAAAUAGUAAUUUCAUCGCUCGGCAUGGUGCAAAAAUGACCGAAGAACAAAAAUUGGCAUUUUUCCUAUCGGCAGAUGAAGAGCGCUUGCUUCUAAAGCAGUAUGAGUUGCAGCUUAAAGAAUUUUGUAAGCGCUUUGAGCCACCCAUGUCCAAAUGCGUGGUUGGAACGGCUUUUCACUACUUUAAAAGGUUCUAUUUAAAUAAUUCCUCAAUGGACUAUCAUCCCAAAGAAAUUCUAGCGACAUGCGUGUACCUUUCUUGUAAAGUAGAAGAGUUCAACGUGUCAAUAGGACAGUUUGUAGCUAACAUUAAAGGUGAUCGUAGUAAAGCAAUGGACAUUAUACUCUCCAACGAACUGUUAUUGAUGCAGGAGUUAAACUACUAUCUCACCGUUCAUAAUCCUUUUCGACCAAUUGAAGGAUUUUUGAUAGACAUAAAGACACGCUGCAAUAUGAAUAACCCAGACCGGUUGAGGCCCGGAAUCGAAGAUUUUAUAGACAAAACAUUUCUUACUGAUGCAAUCUUGAUGUAUGCUCCAUCUCAGAUUGCUUUGGCUGCUGUUCUACAUGCUGCCAGUAAGGAACAGGAAAACCUUGAUAGCUAUGUCACAGAAUCUCUAUUCGGAACGGCCAAGGAGAAACUUCCGGUGCUAAUUGAAACAGUCAAGCGAGUCCGCUCGAUGGUUCGUACCAUUGAAUUGCCACAGAAGGACAAAGUUCGUGCUUUGGAGAAAAAAUUGGAAAAAUGUCGCAACCAGGAGAAUAAUCCUGAUAGUCAAAUUUACAAGCAACGCAUGAAAAAAAUGUACGAAGAUGAGGAUGAAGUGGAAUUGAUGAGUACUUCGUAUCAUAUGAAUACGACUGAUGCCAGCUCUGAUGUUUCGCUGCUAAAUAGCACAAAUCCCAACAAUAUGUCAAUAGAAUGUAACUCAGCUGUUUGAUUAGUUGUAUAAAAUGUUGACGUAAGAAUUAAGGCCAAAAUAUUGUAGUUAAACAAACGAACAAUACGCAAUAUGUAAUAUUGUGUCAUAU